GGCCUGCGCCCGCGGAAACCGGAAGCGGCGGCUUUCCGCGGUGCCGGCUGGGGGCGGAGAGGCGGCGGUGGGCGCGCUGGGGUGUGUGAGCCCGGUGAUGGCGCCGGGCCCGACAGCCGCGCAGCGGAGGUGUUCGUUGCCGCCGUGGCUGCCGCUGGGGCUGCUGCUGUGGUCGGGGCUGGCCCUGGGCGCGCUCCCCUUCGGCAGCAGUCCGCACAGGGUCUUCCACGACCUCCUGUCGGAGCAGCAGCUGAUGGAGGUGGAGGACUUGUCCCUGUCCCUCCUGCACGGUGGAGGGCUGGGGCCUCUGUCGCUGCCCCCGGACCUGCCGGAUCUGGAUCCCGAGUGCCGGGAGCUCCUGCUGGACUUCGCCAACAGCAGCGCAGAGCUGACAGGGUGUCUGGUGCGCAGCGCCCGGCCCGUACGCGUCUGUCAGACCUGCUACCCCCUCUUCCAACAGGUCGUCAGCAAGAUGGACAACAUCAGCCGAGCCGCGGGGAAUGCUUCAGAGAGUCAGAGUUGUGCCAGAAGUCUCUUAAUGGCAGAUAGAAUGCAAAUAGUUGUGAUUCUCUCAGAGUUUUUUAAUACCACAUGGCAGGAGGCAAAUUGUGCAAAUUGUUUAACAAACAACAGUGAAGAAUUAUCAAACAGCACAGUAUAUUUCCUUAAUCUAUUUAAUCACACCCUGACCUGCUUUGAGCAUAACCUUCAGGAGAAUGCACAUAGUCUUUUACAGACAAAAAAUUAUUCAGAAGUAUGCAAAAACUGCCGUGAAGCAUACAAAACUCUGAGUAGUCUGUACAGUGAAAUGCAAAAAAUGAAUGAACUUGAGAAUAAGGCUGAACCUGGAACACAUUUAUGCAUUGAUGUGGAAGAUGCAAUGAACAUCACUCGAAAACUAUGGAGUCGAACUUUCAACUGUUCAGUCCCUUGCAGUGACACAGUGCCUGUAAUUGCUGUUUCUGUGUUCAUUCUCUUUCUACCUGUUGUCUUCUACCUUAGUAGCUUUCUUCACUCAGAGCAAAAGAAACGCAAACUCAUUCUGCCCAAACGUCUCAAGUCCAGUACCAGUUUUGCAAACAUUCAGGAAAAUUCAAACUGAGACCUACAAAAUGGAGAAUUGACAUAUCACGUGAAUGAAUGGUGGAAGACACAAUUUGGUUUCAGAAAGAAGAUAAACUGUGAUUUGACAAGUCAAGUUCUUAAGAAAUACAAGGACUUCAGAUCCAUUUUUAAAUAAGAAUUUUCCAUUUUUCUUUCCUUUUCCACUUCUUUCUAACAGAUUUGGAUAUUUUUAAUUUCCAGGUGUAGCAAUGUUAUCUAUUUUAAUGUAUAUUUGUCACAAUAACAGAAGAUGCAAGAACAAUCAUUAUUUUAUUUUAUAGGUAUUGAGUUUAGAUGCCUACUUUUAUGAGUACCAUCAGCUGGACACAGUGUCUCAUACCUGUAUUUACAGCACUUUGGGAGGCUGAAGCAGAUCGCUUGAGCUUAUGAGUUCGAGACCAGUCUGGGCAACAUGGCGAAACCUUGUCUCUGCAAAAAGUACAAAAAUUAGCUGGGUAUGGUGCCAGGCGUGGUGGUGCGUGCCUGUAAUCCCAGCUACUCGGGAGACUGAGGCAGGAGAAUCGCAGGAGGCAGAGUUUGCAAUGAGCCAAGAUCACACCACUGCAUUCCAGCAAAAAAAUAAAAAGAAGGCUGAAUUCCUGGAAGCAGAAUUGACUGUCAAACAGAUUGCAUCAAGGCAUUUGCUGCUUUGAAGUUGGGUUGAAGGGUACAUUCAGACUCAGAUCCAAUUCCACUCCUUCCAUGACAUCUUACAUGAUUUUCUUCUGCUCCUGACUCUUCAUAUUUCUCAGAGAAGCAACUUGCCAUAAAGGAAAAGGCAAGGACUUUGAAAUCAGACCUGGGGCUUUCCUCCUACUUGGAUAAGCAAUUUGGUUCUCUGAGCCUCGGUUUCUACACCUGUGAAAUGGGAGUUCAUAAUACUUGCCUCAAAAAAAAAAUUUUGCACAAAUUAAGUAUACAAAAAGCCUACAGCACAAUACCCAACCUGGAGUAUUUCAUGCUGCUCAGUAAGUAUUUGUCCAUCUGUUUCCUUAUGGGCUACACUGCACAAAUUGGCUAUGUAAUUUGGCACUUGUUUAUGCACCCGCUCAUGCUGUUACCAGCUUCUUUAUUGUUCUUUACUGUGUGUGAUUGUUAUUCCUCCUCUCCAGACUACAUUGUAAUCUCUUCCAAUUCAAGGACUCUAUCUCCUUUGUCCUUUGUACCCAUAGUUCAAUGAAUGGUUUUUGAAGUUAGAGUAGCACUUGUUUGAGAAAAGAUAAAAUACAUUCCUGAACUACACUGUAUGAUGUUAGAAGGUGUCUUUGUAGCAGGUCUACAGAAAAGAAUGUUUGAGACCUUGAAGAAAAGUCCUUCAGCUGCCUGUGAAAAGUAUAAAUGGUAGAAACGUAACUAUUUAGUGGAAAGUGAGAAGCACUGCUUUGCCACUCAUGAACCCCUCCUGUUAAAGCGCUGAAGAUUCCAGGCUGGAGCCAGUGCUGAGUAUCAUGAAUUACUGCCCUUAAAACUAGCAUCUCAAGUCAUAUAUAAUACCUUUUCUGGGCAAGAGUCCCAUCUCCUUAAUCUCUGCUAAAUGAGUGUUUAUUAGAUCUGGCUGUUGAAAAAUACCAAGUUAAAUCAGACAGUUAAAAAAAACCAACAUGAUGCCCAUAACUGGUUUAAUUUAUCUUCCCACUUCAGUAAUCCCACACAUUAUCUACUUAUUUGCUGUAAUGAACAUGCCAUUCAGCUAAAAUAAGAUUAACUGCUUAAACCAUGGCAUUACAGGCAGAGAACUUUAAUGCUGCUUUGUGUUUCAUUUUAAGGAUUCAGCAGUUAAAUGAUAUGGUGUUGUCAUUUCUUCCUUUGUAAUCAAGACGGUUUCACUUAGGAUUAGUGCUCCCCAGCUGAUUCUCCUGAUGGAACAUUUGAAGCAGCAAAUUUAUAUGUCUAAGUUACAGCCUGGCAGCAAUAACAACCUUCUGAAUCAAACCUGUUGGCCUCAUCAGCACUCAAAUUGGACUGCUCUUUGUGAAGCCCCGUCUGCUCUAAUGGUGAUGGAAAUCUCGCCUGCCAUGCAGACCAGGGAUGGAAAAUUGAAAGGGGACUUGGGCAUGCAUCUGGAAAAUAGCACUGUGAUGCCCCAGGUGGGAUCAGGGUUCAGAAAAUUAACCCACAUUCCCCCACGUGAAUGAGCAUUUGCCUGUUCUCUGCAUCAAAGUCAAAUCCCACUUCUUUAAUGGUGCUUUCUGGACUGUUCUAGCCCCACUUAUCUCUCUUUUCUUCGAACUCAUUAUAAUUAUACAUCUCCCUACA